GCGGGAGUGCCGGGGAGCUCGAGUCGAAAGUGCGACCGCGGAGCUGGCGCGGGCGGGAGGUCAGCGCAGGCGCAGGCGCGCGAGCGGGAAGAUGGCGGCCGGGUUCAAGCGACAGGAGGGACCCGGCGGUAGUCGGGUGCCAGGAGAGGCGCUUCUCCCCCCACGCGGGACGGAGUAGAGGGUUUCUGCAGAGCCCGGUCCCCACCGCGCGCUGGGAACCUGGUGCCUCGUGAGCGCACAGUCCAGGGAGGUGCAGCUGUAACCCUUUAAGCCUCGUGCCGCCCGGCUUCCCACUUCCCGUAAUUUAUUUCUAAAAGAAUUGUGCCUCCCUCGGAAGAUUUCACUCUUGGUGCCACUCUGGUGAAGCCUGUGGACUGUCAAAAGUUUUUAAAUGAGCGAAAUAAAGAUUCCAAAUCUUAUUUGGAACAAGUGAUGCUGAAAUAGUUAUUUAUGUACUCGGGUUAUAAACCUUGAACAAAAAAAAAAUGUAAUGGCGAGUGUAGUGUUGGCAAUUUCAAAGUAACCGUGAACAUAUCUCCCACAAGUACAAAAACGAAAACAUUUAUGAUCUCGAUAGAUAUUGAAGUUGCAAGGUUUAUUACUUUGUAGCUAUAGUGGAAUAAUAUGCUAAAUUUCAGUUGUAGUAAAUGUAAAGAUCCUUUCUCAUGAUCACUAGGUUAAGAAUCCCCCCUUCAGAGCGAGAAUGACAUGAUUAUUUUAACGACCGGAUUAAUCCUCUUUUAAAGAUGUCUCAAAAAGGGUUUUGGAUUGCAAUCCUAUGAUUGAGAGUUAAGGACAAUAGUGGAAUGUGAUUGCUACUGCAAGGGUAUCUACUUUCAGUAAUUACUUAUAGGUGUUAACAAUCAUCAGAAUUCGUGAAAAAAAAGUUACAGAUUGUGGUGAUGUGCUGCACAUCACUUAAAAUCUGCCAGAUUUUGGAUUUAUGUAAAGUGUCAUUAACUUACAAUAGUAUAUUUGUAACACAUUUCAGAACUGUGGAACCUAUGGAGUAUUACAGGAGAUUUUUGAAAGAAAACUGUCGUCCUGAUGGAAGAGAACUUGGUGAAUUCAGAACCACAACUGUCAACAUAGGUUCAAUUAGUACAGCAGAUGGUUCUGCUUUAGUGAAGCUGGGGAACACUACAGUAGUUUGUGGAGUUAAAGCGGAAUUUGCAGCACCACCAACAGAUGCCCCUGAUAAAGGAUAUGUUGGUAAGUUCAGUGAUUUUAUAAUUUUAAUAUAAAUAGUUUAACA